GUGACGUUUUUGUUAUGACACGAAACCAAGAGUCUGGAGUUGAUUCUGCCUUCGGUGUUCAUCGUCUUCCAGACAUGGACCAACGGGCUGCAGCUAAUGUCCACUAUACACUCCUGGUCGCUUGCGCGUUGGUGGCUUUCUUCCUGGGCGCCAUUUUGUCAGGCUUAAUGAUGUCGUGUUACUGCAGCGGCAUCACCGCUCGCCGAGUGCGGCAGCUAGGAAAAGACCCUGAGGUGUCACUGCCUCACACUCUGUCGCUGCGAUCUCUCGCCAAGCUAAGCGGUCUGCUGGAGGGAGCACCGAAGGAAGACAAACUGGACACGUCAAUUCCAAAGAUGUACAGUUCCUUCAUCCCUAACGGACGUUCCGAACCUCACCUGCACAGCCCCGGACAACAGGGCCUGUCGCUGGGAGACCCCGAGCUCAGCCUGUCGCAGUCUCUGUCGCAGGGAGAUGGUGAGCUGUCCGGUCUGCCCACGCCAGACUCCACCCCCAAGCUGCCCAUGAAGAACAUGAACGCGCUGCCGCAGCAUCAGUAUGAGGAGAACCAAUACUGCAACAAAACUGUGGCCAACAACCCAGAGUCUGGAUCCAGUUUGGGUUUUAUGGCUGUCCUUGGAAACUGUUUCACACCGCAGGUGUUUCCCCACUCACAUUACCAUGGCAACAGUUUGAGCAAUGGAGCAGCCCACGGAGCGUGCGCUUCUUUGACAUCGCUGCACCUCCCUGAGGAGAGAGAUUUCUCGAAUGAGGAGCGAAAAGUGGGAGGAGGAGGAGGAGGAGGUGGGGGAGGAGUGGGAGGCAGAGUCCCCCAUCAUCACCAUUCGCAGCUGUCUCUCCCGCAGACGGUGGUGGACGUGUCGGCGCUCAACGAAGUGCUCAAACACAUCCACGAGGUCAGCGAGUCAGGCACAGGUGGCAUCAAGGUCCUCACCUCCACCUCCUCGUCCUCGCUGUUUCCAGGGCCAUUGUCCUCUGGGGGGCAUCAUCAUCACCACCAUGAUCAGGGUCCCCAGACGGACACCCACAACUACAACCACAGCCAUCACCAUAGCAACCACCACCACAACAACAACAGCAGCUGUGGAGGUUGUCGUCACCACCAGCAGCAGAUUCAAGAGACUGAAUCUGCAUUGUACAACAGCACCUCUAUGCUGCCGAGGGAUGCCCUUCCCAAACGUCUGGACGCAACCUCUCAAAACUCUGCCGUCUCCUUCGCCACCUCCUCUUCUUCCUCCUCUUCAUCCUCCAACAAUCCAACUUCCUCCACAUCCAUUCCUUCUGCCUCCUCUUCCUCCUCAUCCACUACAGACCAGCCACAGGGGAUUCCAGAGCGACUUAGCAGUGUCUCUGUGGCACGCCACCACUCCCAACGCCACUCGCUAAUCAAAAUGGGCAGCGGGGGAGGUGCCUUCCCCCGUCACCACAGCUUCAACCAGCGGGGGGCACAGCAUGCUCACUUUCUAGCCAGGAUGAACACCAACAGCAGCAGCAAUGGCCCCCCAGCCAGAAACCACUGUGGGAGCCAGCGGCCUUCAGUCGCCAGCACCUGCCUGACACGGCAGCACAGUUACACCGAAGGGCCACACGUGCAGCGGGCGGCGGUCGUCAGGAGAACGGCUUCGCUCAAACCUCAAGUCCCGCCAAAACCCUUGUUCCUGCCAGACACAGCGGCAACAGAGGUGGGAAAAUACAACUACUGAAUCUGUGAGAGGAGGUGGUGCCAUGAUGUUUGCUGCCAUCCUCAUUGAGUGAAACACCCCCUGAUAUGCCUGCAGGGCAGCUGCCACAUGACAAAACAAGAUGGGACGAAAGACACAGAGGACUCAUCAGAGCUUCCUGUUGUCCCUUAUUGUGACUCUUGUUGUGGUGAUUUUCCUGCCACUGAGACAAGGGCGCCAUUGCCAUCACUGCCUCAGUGCGUCACAACCACUGGAUCCGCUCACAGAGUCGUGAACAUAACGACGCUGAGCAUCGAUAAACAUUGACAGGUUACAUUCCAAGGACAUUAAUGAUUCAGCCUCGACAGAACGAGAGAGAGCUGAUCUAACGUCUGCGCUCGCUGCGGUUUGACAGAAGUCAAAGAGUCGGACUGCGGCAGCCGAACGUGACCCGAAUCCACAAGGACGUUCCUACGGGACGUCAAUCAAACAAUUUUUAUUCAAAGAAAAAUCGGAAACAAACGAGCAACACCAUCGUUUGUGAAGUUUGAAAGAUUUUAAUGAAUCAACAUAUCAACGACAUGUGGAGAGAAGUGAGAUCAAACGUUCUUCAUGACAUCAAAAGUUCUUCAUUCAUUCAAUUAAUUUUAAUUAAAUAACUUUAAUUGAUACUUGUUAAUUAAUAGUUUCUUACAUUUAUAAAAGUCAAUACAUUUUCUUUAAGUAGUCUCUUUAACCUCAGAGCAGAUUUUUUGUCAUCUUCGACAAAUUGAGUUGGGAAAAGAAACUUUUGUAAAGUUUGAUCUUUUCUUCAAAGCAUUUUCUCUCUCCUGGUUUUUAAAGACACGUCCUGUUGUCCAACAACCUGACGUCCUGAAGUCCAGAGACAAACGACCGAAGUUCAUUCGUUUUCACAGAAUGAAGUUGAGUAAGUUAAUAAAGUUUUAUUGUCUUUUUUUCGUCAUGUUUAAAAUAAGCAAUAAACAUCAUAUUACGCAGUCAACACAACCAUAGUUUAACGUGUUUAAUACAUUUAAUAUGAAAUCAGUGAUGACUGUUCACAUGAGAAGAGAAAAUCAGAUUUGACUCCAUCAGGUUGUAGUUAAGUGAACUGAUUUUUAAAACAUAAUUAACUUUUCAUCUGAGCGGCUUUCAUGAUUAAAUUUGAAAAUAAUCAUGAAUUCUCGGAUAAUUUAGAUAAAACUGACGUUUGUGUUUGUGGUCAUUCAAACGUCUGAAUAUUUGAUAAACAUGGAGCAGAAUUGAAUCUGCUGGUCGAUCGCGUGACAACUCUUCACUGGUUAUUCAGGAGAUGUUUCUCUCCGUUUUUUUCUGAUGACCAGAAUGACAAUGUGAUCAUUUCACUUUACUGCUGUUAAUCAAUGUGUAUGAAGGUGUAAAUAAAGGCCACAGUGGAACAAUACUUAUAUCUGAGGACUCU